UUUAUUGAUUUUGUAUUUUUCUUACCAUUACAUUCAUUAGCAUUUAUUAAAUGGAUCAUAAACUUCUACCAGAGAGCUGUGGACGAGACCUUAAAGAGUCCAAAUGGACACCUGGACUUGUUCCUUCGCUUCCUCAUGGGUCUUUCACUGCAGACCAAUCAGCGUCUUCUACAACUCCAGUUUACAUACAAAGGAAGUAUCUCACAGACCAAUGAGGAAACAGUCCAGUACAUCAGGGAGAAGAUUGGUGAGAAUCCUUCCCCAGAGAAAAGCAUCAACCUGUUCCACUGUCUGAAUGAACUGAAUGAUCGUUCUCUAGUGGAGCAGAUCCAACAGUCCCUGAGAUCAGGAUGUCUCUCUACAGAUAAACUGUCUCCUGCUCAAUGGUCAGCUCUGGUCUUCAUCUUACUGUCCUCAGAAGAAGAUCUGGACGUGUUUGACCUGAAGAAAUACUCUGCUUCAGAGGAGGCUCUUCUGAAGCUGCUGCCAGUGGUCAAAGCCUCUAACAAAGCUGUACUGAGUGGCUGUAACCUCUCAAAGAGAAGCUGUGAAGCUCUGUCCUCAGUCCUCAGCUCCCAGUCCUCUAGUCUGAGACACCUGGACCUGAGUAACAACGACCUGCAGGACUCAGGAGUGAAGCUGUUGUCUGGUGGACUGGAGAGUCCACUCUGUACACUGGAGACUCUCAGGCUGUCAGGAUGUCUGGUCACAGAGGAAGGCUGUGCUUCUCUGGCCUCAGCUCUGAGCUCCAACCACUCCCACCUGAGAGAGCUGGACCUGAGCUACAAUCAUCCAGGAGACUCAGGACUGAAGCUUCUGUCUGCUGGACUGGAGGAUCCAGACUGGAGACUGGACACUCUCAGAGUGGACAACAGUGGAAUCUGCAGGCUGAAACCGGGUCUGAGGAAGUAUUACUGUGAACUCACACUGGACUCAAACACAGCGCUACGAAAAGUCAAACUGUCCGACGACAACAGGAAGGUGACAGCGGUGGAGGAGGAGCAGCCGUAUCCUGAUCAUCCAGACAGAUUUAACCACUGGGGACAGAUCCUGUGUGAAACUGGUCUGACUGGUUGCUGUUACUGGGAGGUCAAGUGGGAAGGGUGGGUUGAUAUAGGUGUGACUUACAGAAGGAUCAAAAGGAAAGGAAAUGGUGCAGACUGCAGGCUCGGAGGGAAUGAUCAGUCCUGGGUUUUGGACUGUUCUGAUGAAGGUUUCAUUGUUUGUCACAAAAACAGUGGAACAUCUGUUCGUCCUCCGGCCUCCUCGUCUAACAGAGUGGGAGUGUAUCUGGACUGGCCGGCCGGCACUCUGUCCUUCUACAGCGUCUGCUCUGACACACAGAUCCACCUCCACACCAUCAACACCACAUUCACUGAACCUGUCUACCCUGCGUUCAGGAUUAGGGAUAAGUCAUUUGGCGCCUCACUGUCACUGUGUCGGCUGUAAGAGAGACAGAGAAGUAACUGCCAAGUAGAACAAGUGGACUAGUUCAAAAUCAGCUGCUGACAAGCCAGUUUCAGUCUUUAUCCAAUGUGUAUAGAAACACAAACAAAAUCAUUUUUACGUUGUUCAAAAUCACUGGACAUGUCACAGUAGGAAAAGCAAAGGUGUAAUUCAUGAAAUUAAUGGUGGCUGAAGUCCAUUAAGUAGUUGGAAGGUCCUGAUAUUGUGCAUGCAGUCACCUGUCAGUCAUCUGUGCUGUUUGCUAUGAAAAAGUCCUUCAUGCACUCACUUGAAUGAGGCAAGCCACAAGAUGUGAGAUGUUCAGGUGUUGAUAAGAUACUUGAGAACAGACGAGGUGGGCUAAAAGGUUUUUUUACUUUCUUCUCACUGUGUCUAUUGUUUUGCACCAAAACACUGAAGCAAGUCCCUUGUAUGUGAAAGCCUACUUGGCUAUAAACUUAAUUCUGAUUCUGACUGUGAAGCUAGUUAAUUUUUAUAUAAGCUACUGUAAUUAAUACAAUUAUUUGGCAUAUGUGGAAACUUUUCACUGAUUGAAAGCUUGGUCAGUAUCAUAUAAAACCAUGUUUGAUGUCCUUUGUAUUUCAUACUUGUUUGUUAAAUAAACACAU